AUGGGUGCCACCCAGUCCGUACAAGUGGUCGAAGAGAGCGAAGAAGACCAAGAAGAAGAAGAAGAAGAAGAGGAAGGAGAAGAGAACGAUAUUGGUGAGCCCAUUAGAAGUGAACUGGACAAGGAUUUGAUCAAGAAGGUUCUAGAACAAGAACCCGAGAUGCUUUGCCACGCAUCCGCAUCGCCGCUCUCGCCUCAGCUCUCCUCAUUGGGCACCCCGCGCCUCGGCCCCUCCAUCAAGGUCUGGGACCCUUACAACCUCCUCGCUCCUCCUCCGCCUCUUCUGCCGCCGCCUCAGGGCUUCUCCCGAAGCUUCUCCUUGAGUUCCAAUGCCAUGGAGGACGACCGCUUCAUGACGGAGGUCUUUUUGAUUAGUCACGGCGAGUGCGAGUUGAAUUUGCGGCCCGAUUUGGUGGGCGGCCGCUGCCCUCAGGCAGCUUUGACCCCCAAUGGGAAGCGGCAAGCCAGGGCCUUGGCGGUGUUCUUGAAUUCCCAGAGGGUCAGCUUCAAUGCCGUUUACACCUCCCCUUUGGAUCGUGCGCGCUCAAUGGCGGUUUCCGUCUGUCAGGAAAUGAACUUUCCAGUGGAACAGAUACAAGCGUCGGAUGCACUUGCAGAGAUGAGUCAGGGGGAUUGGGAGGGGUGCCCCCGGUCAGAAAUAUACACAGCUGAACUUUUGAGCUUCAUUGACAGGGUUCAGCCUGAUUUCUCUGCACCAUCAGGAGAGUCACUUAGGCAGGUGGAAUUUCAAAUGGUUCAAUUUUUAAAUGGGACAGUUCUGGGGCUUACUGAAAAGUUAAGAGCAUACUUCUCUUUCUCGUCACACAAUCAGAAUGAGAGCCAAGGAUUUUCACACCAUAAUUCUCAUGUUUUAACCAACUCAAUUCAUGACCGAGAAGGGUCUUCUCUCCCACCACCUCAAUGGGAUCUGCUUCACAGGCAGCGGCAGGGGCUCUUAAGGAAAAAAUCUGGUAAGAGCCGGCUACAAGUGGUGACUACAACCGGAGAUCAGGAGGUUGAGGAUGAGAUUUCCCCUCGGGAAGUCAAUCACCAAAGUUCCCCACAUGAUUUAAGUGGCAGGAGCUCCUCUUCUGUGUCUUGUAUUGGCAUUUUCAGUCAUGCAGUGCCAAUCAAGUGUCUCCUCACAGGCAUCCUUGGAUGUAGCCCAUUAAUGUCACAUAAGAUUUGCAUAGAGGAUUCCUCGGUGACAGUUUUGCAGCAUUCAUGGAGAACAGGUUGGCAGAUAAAAAGGUUGAAUGAUACUGCACACCUCAGGCUUAUGUAG